UCCGGCGCAGCGGACGCUGGUUUAAAGACCGCCGGACCAAAAUAGAGCGGCCCCGCCGUUUUGAGUUUGGAGGCGAGGAUGUCAGAGCCGAGGGCGCCGAGGUUCAGUGACGCGGCGCUGAAGGUGUUGGUGGAACAGGUGAGGGCCCACAAGGAGGUUCUCUUCCCCUCGGAUGGGAGGAAAAUGCCUCGGCAGACGCUGCGCCAGGCCUGGAGGGAAGUGGCACUCUAUGUCAACCUCAAGAGUGUUACUCCCAGGACCUGGCUGCAGUGCCGCAAGAAGUUCAACGAUCUGACCCGCACUGCCAGGGACAAGCUGGCGCACAAACCAAGGAAUCCGACUUGCAGUGGGGAACGACCAGCCUCCAUUCAAGCCACCACUCAGAUGGAGCAGGAAGCUCUGGACAUCGUUGAGAUUUACAGCAGGAGGAGCAUUGAGAAUGGCGAGGCCGGAGGCCAAGUCCCACAGGGUGUCUGGCAAAUUUCCCUCAUCUGCUCUGUUCUUAAGCAUCACCCAGGCAAUGUGAUCACCCUGGAAUUAAAAAAAAACAGAAAAUGCUGGAAACAUUCAGAUAGCUGUAUGUGGAGAGAGAUAGCGUGAACGUCUGAUGAUAGUCGUCUUUCAUUGUAACUGGAAGAAUUCUGAUGUAAUGCAAUUCCCAUGCUCACCUGUAGUGGUUAGUUUAAAACAAACCAAAACCACUUAGAGACCGAGUACAGGGGUUGACACUGAAGCACUUCCACAAUAAUGAAUUUCCAAAUGGGGAAGAAGUAUGUUUGAUCCUUUAUUUUGAAACCAAGAAAAACAAACAACCUUAUCACAAUUUUAAAUAAAUAAAUAACAAAAUUUAAACUCGCCAUAUAGUGAAAGUACAAAAUUAGCAGUACGAAGUGGUCCAGCAGUCCAAUAACAGCGUAAUAGCGACCUAGCGGUCAACAAAAAGAAAUAUCACUUCCAAUUCACCCCGGCUCUCAACCCUCAACUAGACUAAGCUGAACUGAAGACAAAGCAUUGAUAUGUUUCUUUACUCAUUUGCUUCUACCACGCCCAGCCCAUGUGACAAAUUACCGAUAAUAAACACGCAACACAAACUACAAUGUAGACUCCAUUGGACAGAAAAUGGAUUCAUGGCUCCUACACCCAAUUACCUCUUUUUAAAAAAAUAUUCCUGUUGGUCUUGUUAUCGAGGUUAACAUUUAUUGCUGAAGUAUAGUGGUUUGAUAUAACUGAGCAGCUUGCCACAUCAGUUCCAAGAACAACUGAGAUCUGCCACAUUUAGAUGAAUAAAAAUAUACAACACAUGCAUGGACUCUGAAGUCUAACUCAUCCAUGCAGACUUUAAUGCACGUUUACUGUAGUCUCAUUUGUGUGCGUCUCCCUAUGGCAGGGGUAUGGGAACCAAAAUGAUAGAAUUGAGGAUGAGCCAACAGGUUUACAAGUAGAUGAUGGGUGUAGUAUGAAUGUAAGGAAGGACAAGCCAAUGAUUGGGUACAAAUGCAGACAAAGCAAAGAGUUGAAUUGUACCACAGCGGCAAAAUUCAAAAGGGUGAAGAAUGCAGGACUGAAGGUACUGUAUUUAAAUGCACGUAGCAUUUGGAAUAAGGUGGAUGAACUCGUGGUACAAUUAGAGAUUGAUUAGUAGAACACUGUGGGCAUCACUGAGUCGUGGAUGAAAGAAAGCCAUAGUUGGGAGCUUAACAUCAAAGGAUAUACUUUGUAUCAAAAGAACAGGCAGGAAGGCAUAGGCGGUGGUGUGGUUCUUUUGGUAAGAGAUGGAAUUAGAUUUUUAGAAAGAGGAGACAGGGUCAGAGAAUGUUGAAUCUUUGUGGGUGGAGUUAAGAAACUGCAGGGUUAAAAAAACCAUUAUGGGAAUCAUAUAUACGCCUCCAAAUAGUAGCUAAGAUAUGUGGAUGUACUGUACUGUCUGUCAAAGAACUGGAAUAGGCACUUCUAGGCAGGGCAUGCUCCAGUUUCCAGGUGUCUUUUUUUAGCAUUAUUCAUGACAUAAACUAAUGUUCCCUAGUCCAUUAAUCACAUUAUAACCAGUUAUUAUUAUAGGAGAUGUACCUGUAAUUACAUUUUUCUGUUUUCUCAAUAUUGGCACAAUAUCACCAAAAUUGUAUUCAUAAGUGUUAGAUUUUGGUUUUGGACUAUUACAUUUUAGAUGUAUGAGAGGAGAUCUCAUUCAGUUGUAGAAAUUUCUGACAAGGCUUGAUGGAUUGCAUGUGGGUAAGGGUGAUAAUUGUCCUGAUUGAGUGGGGGUGGGUCUAGAAUGGGAAGUAGGGGUUGCUGUCCCUAAGCUAACCAGGACUGAGACGAGUACUGUAGUAAUUUCUUCACUCAGAAUGGUGAACCUAUGGAACUUCUAAAAGACAGUUGGACAGGUACAUGUAUAGGAAGGAUUUAGAUCAGGGGUCCCAACCUUUUUUAAUGCCAAGGACCCCCUACCAUUAACCGAGGGAUCAUCUACCAUUUAGAGAGAUAUGAGCCAAACACAGUCAAAUAAAUUGGAAUUGGUUUAUUAUUGUCACAUGUUGCGAUGCAGUGAAAAGCUUGUCUUGCAUACUGUUCAUGCAGAUCAGAUCAUUACAUAAUGCAUUAAGGUUGAACAAGUUAAAACAAUAAAAAUGCAAAUAAAGUGUAACAGCUAUAGAGAAAAUGUGCAGGGAAAUGAGCUGCAAACUGAAAAUGAGGACGAUUUUGAGCUGGAGUCUAUCUUCCUGUAUAAGGGAGCAUCUUAAUAGUCAUAUAACAGUGGAGUUGAAGCUGUCCUUGAGCCUUUGUAUCUUUUGCCCAAUGGGAGAGGAUAAAAGAAGAGAGAAUAUCUGGGGUGCGUGGGAUAUUUGAUUGUGCUGGCUGCUUUACAGAGGCAGCAAGAUGGAAAGGCAGCGUUCAAAGAGCGGGGGUUCCCAACCUGGGGUCCUUGCUUAAUGGUAUUGGUUCAGGGCAUUAAAAAUGUUGGGAACCCCUGUAACAGAGAGAAGGCUGGUUUCUAUGAUGUGUUCAUAACUCUCUAUAGUUUAAAACAAGGCUAGCUUAGUGUUGGCACAGCCAAGUGGUUAAGAUGUCGUUCUAGUAAUCUGAAGUUCGCUAGUUCGAGCCUCAGCUGAGGCAGCGUGUGUGUCCUUGAGCAAGGCACUUAACAACACGUUGCUCUGCGACGACACCGGUGCCAAGUAUAUCGGCCCUUGCACAACAUCGGUGGCGUGGAGAGGGGAGACUUGCAGCAUGGGCAACUGCCGGUCUUCCAUACAACCUUGCCCAGGCCUGCACCCUGGAAACCUUGCAAGGCACAAAUCCAUGGUCUCAUGAGACUAAAGGAUGCCUAUAUAAAAAAAAAGCUUAGUUCUGCAUCUUGGUCAGCAGGGAUCAGUGAGGUUUUAAGGCCUGUUUUUUUUUUUUUGUUUUCUAUUACUCUUUGUAUGGAUUGAUAGAUUAGUUGGCCACAGUAAAUUGCCACUGAUCAGUAGGUGAGUGGUAGAGACGGGUGGGGGAUUUAAUGAGAAUGUGGGAGAAUAGAGGAAAUAAAUAUAGGAGGAGAGAAAGAUAUACAGUAUAUUUCAGAUAAGAGUGAAUGAUUUGUGUGGAUUAGGUGGCCUGUUUCUAUGCUGUAUCUCUCUGAGCGCUUUACAACUGCUAUGCCUCCUGGACUCCUACAGCUGAAAAUAAUUUCUUUCUAUCUGACAACCUGUGGCAGCUUUCACUGCAAGAGUCAAUGUGUUACUGUCUGCCUCCAAAAUAAAAAUGUUGCUCAAUUGCCUGGGGCACAGUAUGACAUUACAUACAGGUUUGUGGCCAAAUGUUUGCCCCCCAUUCUUUUUGUUUUUCUCUCCUUUCUAUGACAUUUUUGAUUCGGUUACUUUGGCCUGCCUCGGUGCAGGAAUUCCCAAGCUGAGGUCCACAGAUCCCUCAGUUAAUGAUAGGCGUCCAUGCAUAAAGAAGGUUGGGAACCUCUGCUCUAGUUUGUCUCUUAGGGCUGAUCCAAGCUUUGGAACAAAGACUUAGUUAUGAUGUUUGCAAGCGGUUACUAUUGGGAAUCGCGCAGGUUGCAUUUCAGUACAUCAAAAUUGAGGAGGUCCAAUUUCUAGUCAGUUACGUCUUCCAUUUUCAGAGUUGAAAUCAACAAUUUCAAAGAAUGGCAUUUCCAGCAUUUUCUGAUUUUUUUUUCAUAUGUCUGUCACUUGGGGAAUUUUCUUUUCAUAAUUUGAGAUGUCAUUUUUUUGAGGGGGGCAUUUACAUCUCUUGCAGAAAAAAAUACUUAUUUACUUGUCCCAUUACUGCAUUGUGCUAUCAUUUAAAAAUAAUCAAUCUGAUCUCUAACAACUUGUUAUCACCUCUUCUUUUAAUGCAUCUUAAAACUUGUCAGCCUUCUCAUUUGGAUGAAGGAUCGUUGACCUGCAGCUUUGAUUUUCUCCAUCCACUGAUGCCAUCUGACUUUCUGAAUACAGUUUUGAAUUUAAUGUCAGAUUUCCAGCAGCCAAAGAAUCUAGAUUUUGUGACUCUGUGGAUUAAUAUCUACCAUUAUUGCCUACCCUUUCUAGGACUGCCUGACCUUUGCCCUUCUUUUCCCCCAGAUAUAUCCCAUUAUUUGGGCCUAUCUGGGCGGGAUAUGGAGGAGGAUCACCUUACCAAAGAUGCAUUGCCAUCAGCUCCAUCCUACCAAUACAACACUGAACUCAAUACUUCUGUUGUGAGAGAUGGGACAGAUGGAUCAGCUCGGGUUGAAUUAUUCAGCAAUAGUGAGCAAGAUCUGGCCAUGGUGGAUAGGACAGUACAGGAGACAGAUGACAGAAGAGCAAGUUCAGAUUCGAGCUACACGGAGGAACACAGAGACUUGGAUUUGAGUGGCCCAGCAUUUAAAAGAAAAAUCUUCCACGUUCAUCAUCAGUUACUUGAGGCUUUAGACAAUCUGUCUCGGAGCUGCCUGACGCUGUCAGAGAGUGUCGAGGAGUCCGCUUCCAUACUGUGUGGUAUUCUGCCGCAAGGCCUUGCUACUCUGCAGUCUACUAUGGAGAAUGUGACCAACACUCUGGAUGCUACAGUGAAGCCCUCUGUUCGGGAGUCGGUGAGCCCUGAAUUGGCAUCACUGAUUGAGGCUCAGACUAGUGCUAUUCAGGCUCUGACCUGCACCAUCUCCUCUGGCUUGGAAAGGUUGGGGGGAUGUAUUGAUAGGGGCUUUAACCAUGUCACAGAACUCCUACGGUCUGCUUUCCCAUAUGUCAGUGAUAAUGUUGAAUCUCAGUCCCAUGGUCAUGGAAGAGUGGGAGUGGCAAAUGCUGCUGUCUCUCAUAACGGUUGUGUGCCUGCUCCCCUGCCCUGCCCUCGGUUCCAGGCUCCUCCUGUGACAGAAACAAUACUACAGUCAACACUUAGGCCCCCUUGUGCUCAAACCCUGAGAGAUAGACGAUCAUGAACAUUCCAGAGCCUUGACUGAGUCAUAGUAGCCUUUCACUGUACAAGCUGAAAACACUGUGGAAUCCAUGUAAAAGUGUAGCAGGGAAAACACUUAAAAAGCACGUAGGAUGGCACUAGAGUGCUAAUGUAGGUACCAUGGUAUCAAUAAAGUGUAAAACACUUUGCAGUUUUAACUUUGACAAGAGGUUAUGUUUUAACUAAACUGCAGGGUUGGCUAUCAGAUACUUCAGUGUUGGUCAUUGAUUGGAAUAUUUCAUUGGAAUUUGAAGGAUUGUUAGAAAUACUCUUCAGGAUUGUUGAUGGGUAGGGGUGUAGCAUGCCUGAUCCAGGGUUUAAAAAGACGAUAAAAGCUAAAACAUUAUUUUUUAUAUAAAUGAUCACAUGACUUUUAAUAACAAUUGUUCUGCCAGACCACAUAAUAACUUAGCAUACAGUUUUAACAUCUCCGGAUGAAGUAAACGCUAAAACAAAAAACAAUGAAUUUCUUCUCUGAUUCUCUCUCCACAGAUGCUGCCUGAUUUUGUUGAGUGUUUUCAGCAUUUCCUGUAUCACCUUUAGGCAUCCAGCAUUGGCAGUUUACUCUUAGAUGUUUAUAUAUGGCAUAUGCUUCUCCAGAGAAAUUAAUUUGCAGUGCCCCAAUUCCCAUGGCCCACCAUGUAGCCGCCUUAAUUAUGACAUUUAUGCCUUGCUGUUAUUGGACCUAUAACUUCAAAUUGAUACAUUUCCCAUGAGUAAUGAAAUAAUUACGCAGACUUAUGCUGGGUAAACUAAGCAAACAGUAAUAGUCAUAGAGUCACAGAAAAGUACAGCACAGAAACAGGCCCUUCAGCCCAUUGAGUCCAUGCCUAUUCCCAUCAGCCUGCACCAGGACCAUAGCCCUCCACAACCCUACCAUCCAUAUACCUCUCCAAACUCAAGCAUGUAGAGGAUGAGUUCUUGUAAAAGUUGGUUGGCUAGUUUAGUAUCUUAUGGAUCUAACAAGAGAUUCGGGUGUAUUUUUAUUUUCAUUGCUUACUAUGAGAUUUAAUUACCUUGUAGUUAAGUGUGCUUUAAGAAGAGUGAUCAUAAUAUUGCAUUCAAAGGUGGAAGUGAAUUGGUUCAAUGAGAUGCCAGGGUCCUUUAAUUCAAACAGAGAUGAAGCAAGAUACAAAAGUUUGAGUCAGGAACUGGUUACAACAGAUUGGGAAGCAAUGUUGAAAAAAACAUAAAGCAAUGGCUAACUUAAAGCAAUGAACACUGAUAUAUGGUUCACAACAAAUGCAUAUUCCAGUACAAAACAAAACAGGAAACGUGACCUGGCUGUGGAUAACAAGUUAAAGUUAGAAUUAAAUUGAAAGGAGAGACUUAAAAUGUUGGCAGAAAGCAGGCCUGAGGAUUGGAAAAUUUGCCAAAUUCAGCAGAGGUCGAAGAAAUAGAAAAGGAAAGGGAAAGUAGUAAUAGGGUGUGAAAUAUAAAAACAAACUUUAAAAGCUUCUCUUGAUAAAUUUAAAAAAAACAAAAGAUUUUAAGUUCUGAAGAAGGGCCUCGUUCCGAAACAUCGAUUGUUUGUUCUUUUCCGUAGCUGCUGCCUGACCUGCUGAGUUCCUCCAGCAUUUUGUGUGUGUUGCAAAUGAUUAAGCAAACAGUAAUGUGGAUCUCUCUCACACACAGAUAGGAGAAAUUAUAUUGGGAAAUAAAGAAAUAGCAGCAAAAUUAAAUAAAUGAGUUACAUCUAUCUUCUUGGAAGGUGAUGCAGAAAAUGUUGCAGAUUAUGGUACAAAAUAUUGAAGACAAAACUGAAUGGAAUUAACAUGAGGUGAAAAUUAUGAUUAGAAAUUAAUGGAACUAAAUAGUAAUAAAUCCCCAGGACCUGAUCUGCAUCUCAAGGCAUUGAAAGGUGACUAUGGAGGUGAUACUGUUUGUUAUCUUCCAGACUUUCUUUGGAUUUGAGGUUGGAAGGUAGCAGGUAAAACUUACUUACUGCCCAUUAUGCCGCAGGCAUUUAGGGCAGCAAUGAAGGUCCUCCAUCUCUGGCUGUAUUCAGAGCUUCCUUCAUUGUAUCAGUCAUGCAAGUCCCUGAUGGAGACUCAGGAAUACCAUCACACUCAGAUGUGGAAGGAUCCUUCAUUAGUUUCUGUAACAAUUUUGUUUUCCAGUCAACAUUGUUAGCUCUGAGCUGAACCUCCGAACCUGGAGGAGCAGUGGACCACUCUUCGUCUGGCCUCUACCCUUUGACCUGCUUGGCAUGGGUUACCUUACCAAGAGCCGAAGCAUAAAGCCCUGACUCCAGUCAACGUAGCUCUCCAGGUCAUUGAGCAUGCAAGCCUCCUAACCACAACAAGGUUGUGGUCCUCUUGGAGGAGUGUGUAAAAACCCAGUAUUUAAUAUAGAUUGGACAGUGACUGAUUAUGGCAGUGGAAAUAACAGAAUCUUGAUUAACAAUGUGGUGACUGGACAGUCAGCGGGAGGCAGUCAAUGAAAGACAGAUCAUGUUUGUCAAGUCUGCUUUCUUUUAGGUUGAAACUGGCAGAAAAGAUAAUGGCACCAGGGGAUUUUCAAUAGGCUUUCAACAUGGUGCAGUAAAGUAAAUUGUAUGUAUUGCAUUGUACUGCUGCUCACCCCCCCCAAUAAAAAAAAACAAAUGGCAUAUGUGAGUACGAGGAAAUCUGCAGAUGCUGGAAUUUCAAGCAACACACAUAAAAUUUGCUGGUGAACGCAGCAGGCCAGGCAGCAC